CCAAUCAACGGCGUGUAUCACCUCGAAGUCGCAGCAUGUCGCGUCGAACCGUUCGAUCAUCUCUCUGACAAACACUCGAUCGCAGCGACAAUCUUUGACAAUUUGACACUGCAAGCUAAGGCCAAGAGGGAUCAUGACGCGAGAGAGCUGUAGUCAUAGACACACCUUAGCUAGCUCCCUCGCCUAACCUGAUUCAGUCAUCGCCAACCCGGCACGGUGCGCUGUAGAUCGUGCGAGUCCUGCAGUAGAAGCUGUCCUCGUUUGAACCUUGUCCGUCAUUAGUCAUGGAACGAUCCCGAGAUUCCUGCAGGCCGGGAGAACCGAGCGAUUCAUGUGCCAGUAACGGGAAGGGUGACAGUAACGAAAUUGGCAGCGAAACACUUCGCGAGAGUGGAAGUCGUGCUGGCCUAGCUCGUUGUGACUCUAAAGAGGGGGAUGCGUUAGGUUCAGGUUCCGUACUCUUUACUGCGUCUAUCAGUGAGGCUAGUGAGGCUAUUCCACCUGCUAGUGACGCUCUAACACCGGCAGCGAAUUCUGUAAGUUCCAAUGUAACGCGAUUAUGUGACGAUGUAACGCCAGCAACCGGCGCGCAGUCAGGAUCAACAGACGCUGCACCGCCACUAGUAGGGACUGGCUCAUUGCCUGGCUCAUCUGGCAAUAACCUUUCCACCCAAAUCCCUUCAGCCAAUAACGAGGAUGUAUCCUCAUUGCCUGGCUCAUCAGGCAAUAACCUUUCCACCCAAAUCCCUUCAGCCAAUAACGAGGAUGUAUCCUCAUUGCCUGGCUCAUCAGGCGAAAAGCGUUCCACCCAAGGCAAUUCCGCCAAGAUUUCAAAUCCUAUUUGUGUACCCAUGGAGCCUUCGAGUGAAAACGACACAAGAACGCCCCAAAUGGAGGAAGUACCCGAAUCAGGGAAGGGUACCGAAAUACAAGAGGGUCCUGGAUGCAGGAAGGGGUCCGAAUUAGAAAAGGGACCAGAAUUGGGUGAUAGGCCAGAACCAGGGCAGGGAUCCGAAGCAGGCAAGGGAGCUGAAACCCCGACUCCUGUUGGAUUUGACAGCGCCACUGGCGUGUGGCUGCUGACAGCCGAGGGGGAGAAGCUACAGAUGGACCGGAGAGUAGCGGCUUUCAUCCCCUUCCUGUGGCGGGAGAUGGUCCGUCUCAAGUCCGAAAAAGGGGUGUCUGAUAAAGGGGUGUCUGAUAAAGGGGUGUCUGAUAAAGGGGUGUCUGAUAAAGGGGUGUCUGAUAAAGGGGUGUCUGAUAAAGGGGUUCCUGGAAAGACUGAGAAUUCUAGGUCUCCAGAGUUGCUUCUGUUGACAGAGGCUGUGAGAGGGAAGGGGGAGGGCGCGGCCGCCAUGGGUGAUGAUGGCGGUGGUAAGAAGCUGGGUGAUUAUUCCCCGGUUAUAGCUGCUGGCGCUGCAGUUGCUGCUGCUGCCACCGCUGCUGCCGCUGCUACUGGUGGUGCUGAUGCUACUUGUCCUGCUGCCACCACUGCUGCUGCUGCUGCUACUGGUGCUGCUCCUGCUGAGGCGGCUGGUGGUGCUUCUGCGGCUGCUGCGGCUGCUGCUGCUGGUGCUGGUGGUGCUGGUGGUGCUGGUGGUGCUGGUGGCGGGUCACAGGAGUCGUCUCCUAUUCUUCUGCCAAAGCAAGUGACAGCAGGGGUGCUGGAGCUAGUGGUGGAGUACUGCCGCUACCACAGCGUGCCGGGGCGGUCUGAUAAGGAGCGGAGGCUGUUUGACGAGAAGUUUGUGCGCGUGGAUCCAAGGCGGCUGUGCGAGCUGACGUCAGCAGCGGAUGUGCUUCAAAUGAAGCCUCUGGUGGACCUCACGAGUCGUGCGCUGGCAAGGCUUAUAGAGGGGAAGUCGCCCGAGGAGAUCAGGGAGACGUUUCACCUGCCUGACGAUCUGACGGAGGAGGAAAAGCUGGAGCCAGUAAGGAGUGGGACGGACGACCCGCGCAUUCGGCUGCUGAACCGGCUGUAUGCCAAGAAGAGGAAGGACCUCAUGAGGAGGAAGGAGCACACGCACUCAAAUAAUAACCCUGACGAGGACAAGCAGGGGGGGGGAGAAACGACUCAUGGCGGGGAGAAGGAGACGAAGGGCAGGGAGAGUGGAGGGGUGCGGGAGGCAAAGCAGAAGCACCACAAGGAGCGGCUAGUGGACGAGAGAUCGGUGGAUGACCUCCUGUCGUUUAUUGAUGGGCCAACACAAGAGUCUCCAGACAAAGGCAAAUCGGGGAAGAAGAAGAAGAGUCGAAAGAGAGCAGAGAAGGCGAAGUCCCCUCGACCCCCAGAACCAGGCAAAGGCAGUGGUGCAGCAGAGGGCACAGAGGAGGGUGCCGAUCAAUGGGAUAGCGGGAGGGGCACGGACGUGGGGGAGGAGGGAGAGGGGAAAGAGGGUGGGGAACUGGUGGGUGAUGGUGGGCGGACGGAUGGUGAUGGUGGUGGGUUUAGGAGAGUUGAUGGUUUAGGGAGGGAUGCUGAUGGGACCUUGCUCGAGGCUGGGAAAAGAGGAGAUGAUGGUGCUUGGCUGGAUCACAGAGGAAGGAAGGUGAGCCAAGAGGGCCUGGGAGCAUGGAGAGAAGAGAAAUCCACCGCCGCAGCAGCUGCAGCAGCAGGAGCAGGAGAAGCUGCAGCAGGAGAAGCAGCAGCAGCAGCAGAAGCAGCAGCAGAAAUGUGUGGAAGCAGCACAGUAGAAGUAGGAGGAGCAGCACGAGUGGGAGGGGAAACGAGCCUAGGAGGUGGAGCAGGAAGUGACGAAGCAGUUACUGCGUUGGGGGAAGUGGAAAGCCGAGGUAAGAUUAUGAAGAAAGUCAAGACUCCACAGGGAGCAGGGGAGGUGAAGGAGAGAAGGCACGGGCGGCACGAGAAGGCAGGGAAGUUGACACCACGCCACAAGUCAGCAGCACAGGCAGCAGCACCUGCAGCGGGUGUGGCUGUAUCAAGCUGUGAUGCUACCAGAGUGGCUGAGUCUAGGGGCGCUAGUACUUGUGAACAGAGCGAAAGCAAUGCAAACAUGCUGAGCGUCCCCCGACAGGAACUACCAGAAGGCACACCAGAAGCUGCAGCAGAAGGCGCACUGAUGCAUGUGCCAGUCAGAGAUUCUGCGUCCAGUAAUCUGUCUGUAGAGACCCCUGUGUCUGCCACCUUGCCUUCAAAGACGGCUCCGCCUGUGUCUGUCGAGACCCCUGUGUCUGCCAGGGCUUUGGUGGAAGUGAGUGGGAUGGUUACGCAGCAAGCUCGGCCGCUCGUGUCGCCAGUGAGAACCCCAAAGAAGAAGAAGAAGCAGAAGCAUUCCGCGGGACACCAGCAGCAGGAAACGGUGCAGCACGGGAGAAUGCUGCAGGAGGGCGAAGAGCAGCAGGAGGGGCGGCAGGAGAAGCAGCAGGAGGAGCAGGAGCAGAGUUAUUAUCUCAAAUCGGGAUGUGAUGCGCAGGCAUUGAGCUCUGGCUCUGAUGCUGCCGUUGCUCGUGCUGCCGAAACUGCUGAUGCUACUGGUGCUGGUGCUACUGGUGCUACUGGUGCUACUGGUGUUGCUGGUGAUGCAAGUGGCGCUGGUGCUGCUGGUGAUGUUGGUGCUGCUGGUGCUGCUGGUGAUGCUAGUGGCGCUGGUGCUGCUGAUGAUGUUGGUGCUGCUGGUGCUGCUGGUGCUGCUAGUUGCGCUGGUGCUGCUGGUGAUGUUGGUGCUGCUGGUGCUGAUGGUGAUAUGCACGCUGCAUCAAAGAAGCAGCUUGGCACGGCAGGGCACAGGACUAGGGAAGAGAAAGCAACUGGGGAGACCAUACCACAGGCUGCAGCAACAUCAGAGACUGGCGCAACGGCAGCAGCAACAGCAACCGCAGCAGCAGCAGCAGCUGCUGCAACAACAGCCAACACAUCCAAAGAGACAGCAGCAGCAUCAGGACAAGAAGAAACCAGAGCAAUACCAGUGCUGGCACCACCAUCUCCAGUGCCACCUGUUGCCGCAGCUGCAGGUGCCGAGGUCCAGGCGAGAGCUACUGCGGUGUUGGCGUUGCCAGCACAUGCUCCGCCUCAUUGGGGCCUCCCAAGUCAUCAUCAUCACCAGCAGCAGCAGCAGCAGCAGCAGAAGCAGCAGCAAUUAGACCCUCAACAACAUCACCACCACCACCACCAGCAACACCACCCCCACCACCAACACCAACACCAACACCAGCACCAGCAGCACCAACUCCAGCAGCAGCAGCACCACCACCACCAACUCCAGCAGCAGCAGCAGCAGCAGCAUUUCCUUAGCACACAGACACAGGGUGGCAGUGGCGCAGAGAGUGCACACGCUGCACAAUAUCAAGGGCCUUCCUGGCUAGCUUCUGGGGGGCAGGCUGGAGGGCAGGAGAACUUAGCUAGCGUGAGUGCAGGCAACAGGCACGGAUUGGGUGGUGGAGUCAUGACUGGCAAUGCAGCAGCAAGUUUUGGACGAGACGAUGUUUCUUCCAGUGGGGUGGUGAAUAUUCCUCGCAGCAGUAGUGGUGGCUGCGGUAGUGGCAGCGGCAGUGGCAAUGGCAGUGGCAGCGGCAACAGGCAUGGGAGCUUGAGCAACAGGCACGGCAGCCCGAGCAAUGACUCUGACAGGCACUCCCAGCUCUCCCAGGCACUCCCUCACCUCCCUCCGUCUCUCUACUCCCCCCCUCAGCCGUCCUUUUUUGACCUGCCGUCCCAUCUCGCCAGCCAACCCUGGAUGGCCCGGCUCUCUCCCAGCCCUCCCAGUCAAUGGAGUCAACUGAGUCAACCAGGCGUUUCAGCAUCACUCUCUCAGCAGGGUCAGCUGAGUCAAUGGAGUCAAUCGGACAUGUCAAUGCUGCCUGGUCAACCAACACGACCCUCUCAGACCAGUCAUCCGAGCCAAUGGAGUCAACCAGGCGCUUCAACAGCGCCCAGUCAGCAGGGUCAACCAGGUCAACCGAGCCUUCUGGUUCAACUAGGUCAAGUUGGUCAGCCGAGCCAAUCAGGUGCUCCAACUCCUCUAGGUCAACCAGGUCAACCAGGUCAAUCUGUUCACUCAGAGAUCCCUUUUCAAGGUCAACCAGGUCAGCCAGGCCAGCCAGGUCAACCAGGUCAACAGGGUCACCACCAGGAACAACAGGGUCAACAGGGUUUGCUGGGUUUGCAGGGCCAAUCAGUUGCAGGGCAGCAAGAGAGCCACAGCAACCAUUACAGGCACACUUGGCCAGCAUUGCCUGACGACCAGAUGCAUCCUCAUAGCAGCAGUGCCGGUGGCAGAAGCAGAGGCAGCACGGGUAACAGCAGUGGCGGCAGCAGCAGCAGCAGCCUCACAGGAAUCAGCCUGCUUAGCACCAGCACUGGCACCAGCACCCACACGCUCACCCAGGGCCACACGGCUGCAGCUGCUCCUUCUGCUGCUGCUGCUUUUCCCGGCGCUGCCGGCUUUGGAUUCCCUUCAAUAAGUGGCCCUGCUGCUGCUGGUUCGUCUGCAUCGCCUUCGCCUGCUCUUUCCCCGGCCGCUUCCCCUGCAGCAGCAGCAGCGUCAGCAGCAGCAGCAGCAGCAGCAGGAAUUGCAACUGUUGGCAGCACAGCAGGCCCGGUUACCACCGAGGAUGCAUGGGAAGUGGCCACUCUUCUCCAGACAUUCAUUCAACUGCUGCAUCUAGACUCCCACGUCGAAGUGGUUUUCAAGCAAGGGCUAGGAUCGUCUCCUGCUACGUCAGCAUCGCCCUUAGCCAGAGGGUUCUCCCCAGGAAGGGGGGUGUUUACUGGCGGGAAUGUGAUUGGUCAGCGGCUUUUGCCUCGGCGGCCAGCCUCGGCGGCAUCUGACCUGGAAGCAGCGGAUGUUCGACCAGGUUCGGUGAACCUGGCACAUCAGCUGAGGUCUGGGGCACAGCUUAGUCUCUCCUUGUCACAGCAGGUGUUACCAGGUUACAUGAGUGCAGCUCCUGUGGUCCCCGCUGCUUCCGCUGUUUCUUCCUCUCCUGCCGGUGCUGGUUCUGGUGCUGGUGCUGAUGCUGGUGCUGGUGCUGCUUCUGCUGCUCCUCCUCCUCCUGCUCCUGCUCCUGCAGGUGUGAAUGAUGGUCGUGCUGCCUUUCCUCCUGUCAAUCAUGUGGCUAUGGCUGCUGGAGGCUCCAGUAGUCAUGUGACUCUAACGAAUGGAGGGCAGGGCAGCCACGUGACUUUAUCGAGUAAUGCCUCCCAGCCAUAUGAUCACCAUCACCACAAUCAGGACCACCAAAGCUACCAGCACUAUUCUCACAACCCCCGGAGCCAUGGGUAUUUGUCGAAUUACCAAGGACAAGUCGACUCGCUUUCACUCUAUGACCACCGUCCUAUACACAGUAAUGGGGCCCACAGCAGUGGAGGAAUGACAGCCAAUCACAUGGGAGUGAAAGUGGAUCCUCUAGGGCACACGGGGCGCACUGCCCAGGGUAAUUCUGGUGGUGACCAUUUGCCUACGGACCCUUUUGCCGAUGGUGCGUCACUUGCGACGAGUUACCACCAGGAGGCAUACCAUAUUGAUCCUGUGCAGGAUCGGCCACUUUCCAGUGGAGUUGGGCCGCUUUAUGGGGUAGAUGUGCCGCCUGAUAGGUUUCUUCGUGAUUAUGCUCAUUUUUCACAGCAGCAUGGCUAACAAGUUCUUUUAGGUUCAUCUAAUGUAAUUCCUAGUAGAUGAAGAAACGUAAGUCCCCAAA